AUGAACAGAGUUCGAGCAGGGAAAGCAUGCAUUCACUGCCACCAGAGAAGGGUGAAGUGUGACGCGUGGCAAAAUGGAGUUCCAUGUAGCCGCUGCCAGCUCAAGGGCUUUCCAGAUUGUGCCCUGAUCAAAACUCGUCGAGGGACUUGGGAUCGGCGCCAGCGUCAGGAUUUGGCCGCUGUGCCAACUUCUGAAACUCUAGAAGGACAGACUAGCACGCAGACAGAGUGUGCCCUUCCGCCUGAGGGCGAAGGACCGGCCGUCGAUUCUCACUCACAAUCAAAUCUGGAAAGCAACCAAACCUUCUCAUCGAAUGGAAAUCAACCCCUGCAGGAAGGUUGGAGCCCGAGUAUUCCUACUGAGCCUCAGGAACAAAGAGACGGAACCCCUAGUGUUGCAUCAGCUGACUCGACCAAACCGCCAUGUGAUGACGGACCAGAACAUAUCUCCUGGGCUCGGGUGUUCGACCAGUUCGAAGCGUCGAAAAUAUCAACUCAUCCAAUUCUAAGCGGCUCCGAAAUCACCUACCUAGGUGAAGCUUUCCCCUUAAUUCAAAUCCUCGACUCAGCCCUGAAGACCGGCAGAGUCCCAGUCCAUUAUGCCAUCCCGAACGAUGGAAGCACGCAGCGCCCGGGAAGGGGCCUGCAGCCAGAAGAAUUGUCCUUCUGCCAAGCCAAAACAGCACUUGAUACACCAGAACGUGCGCCGCUUGAUGCGUUGGUGUCUUCGUUCAUGGAGCUUGUCUACCCCAUGUAUCCCGUCGUCCUUGGUGGCGAUUUCAUGCGGCGAUAUCGGGAGGGUACAAUAUCACUGCUCCUUCUGCACGCGGUCUGUUUUGCGUCGGCUACGUACUGUCCGAUGGUCACCAUUUUUCAAGCCGGGUAUUCUGACAGGAAAUCCGCGCGCAUGGCUUACUACAAGAAGGCAGAAGUGCUAUACAACAUUGGAUAUGAAAGAAACAGGGUGGUCCUCGUCCAGGCUACUAUCUUGCUAACAUUCGUUACUGGAGAACCCAACUCUCAGCACAUGUAUUACGAUUGGUUGAGUGCUGCAGUCACCAAUGCUGAGAUGCUUGGCCUUCAUCGAUCGACAGCAGCUUCCAAGAUAUCUCCUAGAGAGCGGAGCCUUCUAAAACGUCUGUGGUGGGUUCUUGUGGUACGCGAUGCCUUUUGUGCCGCGUGUAUGGGCCGUACACUCCGAGCAGAUCUUACGCAGUCUGACGUGGAGAUGCUCAGCCACGAGGACUUUGGCAGCGAUUGA